AUGUUAAAUCUUUCCUCAAAACCUGUUAAAUUCGCGUGGUUUAAAAGUACUUGUAGAAAGAGUCACAAAUAUUUACUUUGUUUUAUAAUAUUAAUUAAUAGACUAUAUUACCUUACUGACAUAAGUAUUCCACAUGGUCAUGCUUAUACAAAAAUGUCGGCAACAUUAAAAUUAUUCCUCAUAUUACUUACAACUGUAAAGUGUCAAAAUAGUACUAAUCAGACUGGAAGGCAGGAUAUAACCUUCGACGAUCCGAGUCGCCCAUACUUAUCAUACCCAACGUCAUUAGGUUUCCUAUUUAUAUUUACGACUUUACUCAUUGGUGCAGUGGUUAGAGCUCUCAUGCUGUGGACAAGUUUGUGUAUUCCAUACAGAGUGGUGAUGUUCGCGUUAGGUGGUUUAGCCGGAUUCUGCGCAAACAGAAGUCCAACGUUCAAACCCUUCGUAAACAUAUGUUAUCUGGAUAUCGAUGUGUUACUCAUUGCUUUCCUGCCUAUAGUAGUAUUCAGCACGUCAUACAGCGUCGACUCCCAUUCCUUUUGGAGAAGUUUUCCUCAGAUCCUACUAGUGGCAGUUCCUGGAGCAUUAUUGACAGCUGUCAUGGCGGGUUUUAUGGCAUAUUACUUGAUGGAAUCAUCAUGGAACUUCGCAACUGCAGUUUUAUUUGGUGUCGUGUGUUCUCCUAUAUACCCAGUUGAAGUAGUGAAACAGUUGAAGGAAAUGUCUAAAGGGAAGUAUAUAAGUGUGUUGCUAUUGGGAGAAGGUUUAAUAGGAGAUGCAACAGUGAUGAUAGAGUUUACAGCAAUAUUUGGGUAUUUGGCUAUGGCUGUAACGGAUGCAUCUCAGUUAGCAUUGCUUCUGCUCAGAUUUGCAGGUGGGGGGAUAUUGUUAGGAAUCACAAUGGGGAAAAUCGCUGGGGCGUUACUUUCUGUGACCUAUUAUGAUAUGUUAUGUGUGAUAACUAUCACUUUGGCGACUGCGUACCUCACUUAUUAUGUAGGGGAGAAAUUCUUGUAUGUUUCUGGGUUGUUAGCAACUGUGAUAACGGGAGUUCUUGUGAGUAAUAAGAAGUCGACGGUCGCAGGCGAUGUUGAACAGAUAGUGUCCCAUUUUUGGACAGUGCUGGCGCAUGAGGCCAACACUUUGGUCUUCACUAUGGUUGGAGUGGUGAUAUUUGAGAAAGUCAGUUAUGUGAUCACUGUUAAACAAGUUUCGCUGGUGUUUGUUACGUAUAUGACUAUUUACUGUUCCAGGUUACUGGUAUAUUCUGCCAUGAUGCCAUUACUACGACGUGUUGGUUACGGAAUGACGUGGCAACACUGCAUGGCUUGCGUGUGGGGCGGACUCAGGGGCCCUCUGUCUUUGUGCUUGGCUUUAAUCGUGCUGCAAACACCGUCCAUACCUGAUGUUGGGGAAAUAUUCAUAAUCCAAACAGCCGGUAUAGUACUCUUAUCUCUUUUAAUUAAUGCUACAACCAUGCAUAAAGUUCUAAAGAUGCUGGGCUUGGCCGAGAUCUCUCUAGCCAAGAAAGCAAAUAUGACUAACUGUGUAAAGCGCAUCAUGAUGACCAGAGACAGAUGUAUAUCUAUGCUGAAGAUGGACAAGUUCUUGGCUGAUGCUAACUGGGAUCUUGUACAAGAAGGUACCACAGUUAAGCACCCAUACCAGCUCCAGAUAUCUGGCCGAGAUGAGGACAGCGAGGACGACACGUAUAUGGGCUACAGAUAUACCACGUGCCCUGACUGCGAGAGGGAGAUACCAAAUGAGCCUACGAAGAAGGAAUUUGCUGAGAUGAUGAAGGAAGCCAACCAACGUGUACUGAAAGCAAUGAAGAUAUCGUACUGGAGGCAGUACGAGCACGGAAAGAUCAGCAAAGACGGAGUCAGGACAUUAGUGCAGGCGGUGGAAGUGGCCGCUGAUUCAAAUGACGGCCGGAUCAAUUUGGACCAGCUUGGCACUUUGUGGAAACCAAAAGCCCAUGCGGUGUGGAUUCGACGUAAGUUGAUAAACAUGAUGAUCCCUGAGGCUGCCAAUGCUCAAGUACCGCACCACGCGUGGCGACAGCGGUGCUAUCGGGUGGUCACCAACGUGUCGUUUGAUGUAUUCAUCUAUGCCAUGAUACUCUGCAAUACGCCGGUUAUACUAUGCGAAGUGGCGUUAAACGUAUCCAUCUCACUUGGUGUAAUUUACACUAUAAAGUCACUCAAUUUGUUCUUUUACAUAAUUUACAUACUAGAGAUGGUUCUGAAGAUGCUGUCUUUUGGUAUCUUCGGCUAUUUCAAAUCACACUGGAACAAACUUGACUUUUUUAUCAUCGUAAUGGCUACUGCUGAUCUGGUGUUGGACGUCAUAGAUGCGUUGACCCCUUGGGACAAGUGGACGAACCUCAACUCCAGCGUGCUCACCGCCACCAAACUAUUGAGGAUGCUGCGUUUCCUCAGGCUGUGUAAAUUAGCCAGAGUGUCUGUACCUAAAAUUAUGGCGUACAUUGAUCGCAUGAUUGACAUUCAAUUGGCUUACGGCUACGACGUCGGAAAGGGUUUCGUGACCGGUGAACAAGAAGUAUGUAAUUUAUUGCCUCAAUUAGUUGAUAACAAACAAAUACAGGAAACGUUGAAUGCUAAACUGGAAGCGGAUAGACUGGCUGUCACAAGACAGUUGGGUCUCCUGCAGCGUGAUCGACCGUGGACGGCAAUCACUGUGAAGACAAGACAAGCCACCACAUCAACCUUGAAUAUCAUGAUAUUGGAUACGAUGCAGCUUAAGGAAGAGGGAUUUUUGGAUGAAAUGGAGUAUCGACUAUUGGUGAACGCCAUACAAGAGAAGGUGCAAAUGUGUCGCCAUAAAGGUAGCCUGGUGGCGCCUUCAUCGCCCGAGACACAGCUACGCGCUGUAUCAUGGCUGCAAGGUAACGAAAGGGUAGCCGAUUACUUCCUGGAAAACUCCAGCAUCCUCAAUUAUAAUUACAACGACAUCCUAAUCUCUAGAGGGGAUGAACCCAAGGGCCUGUACAUCCUAGUGUCUGGUCUACUGGAGGCAACAUACAUGCCCCCAGAUGGAGAUAUCGACGAGGCCAUACCUAACUACGAGUUCCUAACAGAUUUGAAGUUCACUGAACCGAGCCAGGACUACAUCGUGUCAGGGAAUGCUGUUGGUGUUCUUGGGGUUUUAACAAAUCGCCCCUACAGCUACACGGUUCGCUGCGAAUCUGCGGUUCAGGCAUAUUACAUCCCCAUGGCGGUCACAAGAGAGGCAUUCAGCCUCGCCCCUCAUCCCAUUAUGGGCCUAGAAGCAGCAAUGUGGCGAGAGAUUGGUAUAAAGUUAUCCAUGAUGUUGCUGCCGACUGUACCCGCGUACCAUGGCUGGUCAGCUGAGAGACUCAGCAUGAGGCUGGAGCACUCAUUCGUGCCUUGUCUGAAGGCGUUCAAGGUGUUCGUUGUGAAUGAGCUGAUGGAAGAUAUAGUAUUAUUGGACGGUGUUUGUCAAGACAUGGCGACUAGAGAGGUGUUUCAACCACCGUGCUAUAUACCCAGAACAGCUCAUCGGUUGAUCUUCCCCAAGUCCUCCCAACUGGUAGUAUCGAAUACUUGUCCGGAGACGAAAUUGUUGAUCAUACCGGCGAAGGAUACGGACGAAUUGGAUAUUAUGGAGGAUGAACUGGAUGAUGUGCAAUGCGAAUUGAUAUCAAAUGUGUCAUCCCGUUGCUUAUACCAUAAAGUCAUGCGGAAGUUAUCAAGCGACUCGCGUGGACCAAAUCGGCGCACGCGCAGCAAACGGCGCCGUGGUCUCAAACGGGUGAAUUACAGGGAGUCAGUGUGGGGCAAACAAAUAUCAACACCAAACGUAGCGCCUGCGCAGAGCGAGAAGGAGCUUAAUUCAAAAUUUUACAAGCCCAGUCUCAACGAACUGAUGUUGACGAAGAUCAAGAAGACAUCUUUAGAAAAGAGACAAAACACGCGCAAGGAGUAA